UUGAAAUGAGGAGAGGAGGCUAUACGCCGCCGUGAAGUGAGAAGAGGAGGCGGCAUUGAAAAAUCGUGAGGUCCCAGUCCCUGAAUAUCCUGGCACUACAGACUCUGAAGCUCCAACCCGUGAAACCCAUACUUCCAUAGCAUAUACCCUACUACUGAAGCUCCAAGCCACGCCUAGCCGCCUCUGAAUCCUCUUCUCCCGGCAGCCCCCUCUGCUCUGCUCUGCUUCCUACGACAAUUUAAGAGCUCUAUACGGAAAUCAAAUUACUUGGCACUUCGUUUGGGCUUCAUUACAUUCCUAUCCAAAAUCCUAUCUGGUAUUGUGACAUGGGAAAAGCUUCGAGGGAUAAGAGGGAUAUCUAUUAUCGAAAAGCCAAAGAAGAAGGUUGGCGUGCUCGAAGUGCCUUUAAGCUUCUUCAGAUAGAUGAGGAAUUCAACUUAUUUGAAGGAGUGAAGCGCGUGGUAGAUCUUUGUGCUGCCCCUGGUAGCUGGAGUCAGGUUCUGAGUAGGAAACUAUAUCUCCCAGCAGCGCUUUCUCCUGACUCUACGGAUGGUGAUCUUCCUCUUAUUGUAGCUAUUGAUCUACAGCCCAUGGCACCGAUUGAAGGUGUAAUUCAAGUACAAGGUGAUAUAACAAAUGCUCGAACAAUUGAAGGGGUGAUCAGACAUUUUGAUGGCUGCAAGGCAGAUCUAGUUGUGUGUGAUGGUGCUCCUGAUGUUACCGGCCUUCAUGACAUGGAUGAAUUCGUUCAAUCCCAACUCAUACUAGCAGGUUUAACAGUCGUUACUCAUGUACUAAGAGAAGGUGGUAAAUUUAUUGCUAAAAUAUUCCGGGGUAAAGAUACAAGUCUUAUGUACUGUCAGCUGAAAUUAUUUUUUCCUACAGUGACUUUUGCGAAACCAAAAAGCAGUCGCAAUUCUAGUAUAGAGGCAUUUGCAGUUUGCGAGAACUAUUCUCCUCCUGAAGGAUUUAACCCAAAAGAUCUACAUCGUCUACUAGAAAAGGUGGGAAGUCCUUCUGGCGCUGAUGAUUUAGAUUGUUGUAGUGGCUGGCUAGAAGGAGCAAACAAAGUGUAUAUACCAUUUCUAGCUUGCGGGGACCUUAGUGGAUAUGAUUCUGACCGUUCAUAUCCACUGCCCAAGGUUGCAGAGGGAACCACCUACCAGAGCUUGGAUCCUGUACAGCCUCCGAUUGCUCCUCCCUAUAAGAGAGCUCUUGAAAUGAAGAAAGCUUCUAGUCAGGGUAUCCAAGAGCUUGAAAAGCACUCCUUGGAUUCUUGAUCAGCCCGGUCUUUGCAUCUUUUUUAUCCACACAAGUCAACAAAAAUUUUCACAAUCCUAAUAUUCUUCUUUAAGUUAUGUUUUUAAUAUAGAGUUAUUAAUGGCCUAUUGGGUAUGUCUCAACUCUCUAAUAUUUUCAAAGACUUGAUUUUUAUGGAUAAAUAUUUUGUUACAAUUGAGUUAAUGGUAAAAUCUUGUCAUGAAAA